CAGGGUCCUUCGAGAGACCCCACCCUCCAACGUCACAUGUCGAUGACGUCACCAAGCACUCGUCGACGCCUCCACCACCAUUCCCUCCACUGAUAAGCAGAGCGAGGACCCCCGUGACGCAAGCGAGAGGCCAUUGAUAGGUGGCCGUCGCGCAAAGGGGGUGGCCACCGCACUCGGGCGAGUGCCGGACUCGGGCCGACAUGGCGGAACGCGGCGGCGGCGAUGGUGGUGGUGUUGGUGGCGACGAUGACAGCGACAGUGGUGGUGGUGGUGUUGGUGGCGAUGGUGUUAAAGUUAUCGACGUGGACCUGAGCUCGCCAAACUUCGACCCUCACGCCGCGCUCUACUCCUGCGACGUGACGCUGCCUUACCCCAACGUGCGUUGCUUCCACAACAUCGCCGAGUUCGCCUCCUUCACGAUGCGCCGUGGCCGGGGUCGGGGACGCGGGGACACUCCGGGGCAGUCGGGGGGGCAGGCGCCGGUGGCCACGGGCAAGGGCAGGGCCGGGCGGCGAAGUCGUCCCGCCCCGGAUCCCGAGCGCGUGGAGAGGCUGAAGAAGCUGAUGGUGAACGAUAGGAGGAAGAAGAAGAAGAAUGACGAAGACGACGAUGAUGAUGAUGAGAGCGCGGCUGCGGAGAAGGGUCCCGGACGGGGCAAGAAACCCAGAAAUGUGCUCACCUGGAUGUCGAAGCUGGAGCACGGUCCACUCGGCGGCCUCUACCGCUGCGUGAAGAACCGACUGCCCAUCUCCGUGCACGUCCGCACGUUCCGGGGCCUCCGAGGCGUUUGCAAGGGCUACCUGCUGGCCUUUGACAAAUUCUGGAACAUGGCACUAGCCGACGUGGACGAGGUAUACCGAAAGCCAUUGCUGGGCCAAGCUUUCUGCAGUGAGCCGAGACUCACCGUUAACCAGCUGUUUAAGAAUUUGAGUCUUCAGAGCGAGGCAAGAGAAGCAGUGGCGGCUGCUGGGCAAGACUGUGACUCCAGCAGCCUGAAAACCGAACAAAGGCAACGACAGCAGGACGACGAUCGUGACCCCGGCUGCACAUCGAGAGACGCGCGCGGGGGUUAUGCCACCGAUUCCGCCAGGGCGGUCCCUGGCAGAUCCACUUCAAAGCCGGGCGCGCUAACGGGUUGCAGGUCCGAUGCCGCGGACCGCGAAUGCAAACGCUCUCGCUCACUCGAUAGCGCCAGGCGUUGCCACGGAGCCAAAGAAGAAUCUGGGGCAGCGGCGCUGUCAGCCGAGAGUGAUGAGAGAAAGAAACGGCAAAAGAAGCCCGGUCGCCGGGAGGAAAUGGACCGCGUUUACCGGCGCCACAUCAAUCAACUCUUCAUCCGAGGCGACAGCGUCAUCCUGGUAGUGGUGCACGGCACGUGAUAACACAGCCGUGUGUUUUGGCGUCGGCCUAAAGAGUAAUAUUUUUUUUCUUUUAAAUUAUUUUUCUAUUUACGUGACUUUACCGAAAGACCAAAUGAGUAUGAGUCAUUUCAGUUUUUGGCAAGUAAUACAUUCAUAUAUUUGUAAAUAUUUACAUUUGUUUUGGUGACUGUUGGUGCACGUGCGAUUGUUUGCGUGUGUGUACGCAAACGGCUCAUUGUCGAUACACUCCGAGACGAGCACCUCUCCACGUUGUGCGGGCCGUGGGGGUAUUUGACCAUUCUUUACGCUGAUCAAUGCGGGUUGGUGAACGUGGAGAGCGUAGACGUGGGAGCCGAAGUACGCUUCAACAAUAGAUGUGCUUUUGGUUACAGUGGCAUCUUUUUUUAUGUUUACAAUUGAAAAUAGUGUUUUGUAUUACACGUUUGCGGUUUACAUUUGUGGACUCUGAAUGUGUUCAGUUAUUUGUGUUUACGUGCACUGUACAUUUGACUACUGUGUAGUUUUGUGUUCAUCCACUGGGUUUGUUAUAACCAGUAGCCGCUAGGUGGCGCUACCUGCAUACUUACAUGCCAGUUAAAUCUUAGGCGUGUAAUAAACAUUGCAUUUUCAUCAACAAACUUCAUUGAGCUUAAGGGAUGGGUUUCUUGAUUUGAGUGCAUUUGUUUCCCUGGUGUUUUACUUGUAAUGCCUAUGUAUUGAGGUGGAACACAAAACGCCCGUUUCGUAUUGAAAUGACACAACUUCCAAGUGACCACAUCUAAAAAGGUUGUGGAAAGCAUACACGAGUAACUGUAGUCUGCGCAUGUCCCCAUAUUCGCUGUAGCCAAAACACACAUUAGGGCUAAUGUGUGUCUUGGCUGCUUGUGUUCAUGACGUGGGUAAUUUGUGAUGCAAAAAUCGAGUUCCACAGCUAUGUUAAAAUGACUGCUCUUUCAAAAAACAUUUUUUUCCCCACGUCGCAAGGAGUCUGUAACGCCGGGCCAGAUCCAUUGUGAGGAUUUAAAAUUUGCCCUUCCGACCAAUUUUACAACCCUUUGUUAAUCCACCGCUGGUGAACGAGUUCCCCCACCGUGUUAGUUGUCCGGCUUGUUUGACCAUACUUCACCACGCCAGUUGGUGCACGUUGGUGAAGAGGGACCGAUGAAUAUAUUGAUCACCUUUGAUGUUCCCGCAGUUGGAAAUUUAAAUUGAGUAGCCGUGUUCUUAGCACGGUAUGCUAGCCACUUGCACCACCACUCCACCAAGGAAAUUUGUCUUUUAGAUGUUUUAUGCAAGUGGCCACAUUUUUCACUUUUCAGACAUCCUUAAUCUCACUUUGUUAUAUUCUCCUACAUCGAGCACAUUUAGUGCUUACAACUAAUCCCAGUGUUAACAUUCAACAACACUAGCAGAGUUAAGUGUAAGCAGUGUCUGUGAAGGUAAGUCAUAUGUCUCGCUUGUUGGGCUGACAAGUUGAUAACCGAUGACUGCGCGCUUAACCCUGCAGGCUUGGACGCAAUUAAGGCGGCCUUGUUGAGAGACGUCGACCCAAAGCAGACAAAACAGAGCACAAACAGCGCCAGGCGUCUGCCUUGUGCCCGAGCCUCCACCGCCGUCUCCGCUACUGGAUCUUUGGGAACGCAGCGGGACACGAGACAGCCUCGCAUUGACACGAGCCCCCGAGCCAUUUUUAUGCACACGCAGCAUAUGUGUAUCGCACAGCCACAAAACGUGUCUGGGAUCAGUGUGUUGUACUACGUUCCCGGCCUACAUUGAACCACAGUGACGAGUUGUGGUGAACUAUUAUCAAAUACUGUAAUUCCAAUUGCCACUAUACUAUGAAUGUUAAUGCUUUUAUUUAGUCUGCAUUCAAAACUCUUCACUGAAUCUUCAGAUUAUGUUUUACAGCAGGGAUCUGCAUUGGUAAUGUUUCUCCAAUUCCAUGAAGGCGUGUUUGUCAUGAGAAGAAACCGGAGUAGAGUACAAGGGGAUAUCACUCAAAGCUCCACAAUUGGAUUAAGUAAAUUUCUGGACUGCCAUCUGGUCACCUCGCAGCCCCAGCCUGCAACGCUCAUUCCCUGGUAUGCUCCGAUCCAAGUACUAACUGGGCUUGAAUUUGCUUAGCUUCCGAGAUCUGAAGAGAUCGGGAUGCAUUCCGAAUGAUUGGACUGAUUUGGUCGUAGGGCAAAUGGUCAAUCUAAAUCAACAAACACACCAACAUGAGCCCCAACAGCUCAUCCCAAAGAUAUCUUAUAUAUCGCAGAGUGGGGUAGAUUUAAGAUUGAGUUUGUUGCAUAAAUGUAUAAUAUAUUAAUAAUACGUAUAUUUUAGUCUACGUAGUUUUCAAUCAAAGACUUGCUAAAUAUAUUUUGGGCAAUUUUUGUUUUUUUUUCCAUAGUGGAGGAAUAUGGA